AUGCUUCCAAUCGUGCUCGCCACCAUCGUUGCGCCGUUCAUUGGCGCAGCACUUGCAAAGCCCGAGCAGAUUCGCGCCGUGUCGGAUCCGAUCUUCCAUUACUACCUGCAAUCGUACCCUCAGAACAAAACAAUCGCCGUCAUGGGCCCCGAAGCGAGCUCCGAGUACUUCAACAUCGGCGGCACAGUCCAGAGCACCAACACCAGCUUAUAUCUCAACGUCGGGAGCGAUAGCACAUCUUAUAAGACGCUGACCUUCGGCACGACGGCAAGCACCAACGCCUGGGCGUUAGAAGGUGAUACUAUCAUCACCGCUCAGAGCAGCACAUGGGGAAGGCCGAGGUAUCUACAACAUGGAGAGAUUGCUGAUGAGGGCCGCAGAACUUAA